AUGACAAAAUUUAAUAUAUUUAUAUUUAUUUUAUUAGUUGGAAUAGUUUUUUCAUACCCAUCACAGUCAGAUAUUUAUAAAGGAUCAAUUUUUAAAUUAACCACAUGGGAGAUAUUGAAAACUUUUACUUUUGAUCAAACUGUAAAAUGUAUUACUAUUAAUAUUCAACAAGAUCAAAGUUCAAAAUUAUUAUUAUAUAAAGAAGAUCAAUUUUUGGAUGAUUACUCUGAUUGUAAGGAAAAAGAGGAUGAUGCCAUUUGGAAAAUCGAUUUAAAUAAUACUAUUGAAAAUAUUGUCUUGCCAGAUACUAUUGUUCAUAAUCCAGAGCAAUCGAAAUAUAUAUUAGCUAUAUCCAAUUGUAAUUUGAAAUACUAUGAAAAAUUGGAUGUCAAUCAUUAUACCAUCGAGGUCAAAUAUAAUGAAUUGGAAUCAUCAAUCAGAAAUGAUGUAUCCAUAUUUCAAUUGGGUGUUUUCAUAGGAUAUUCAGUUAUAUUGAUUCUAACGAUUUUCUUUAAAUUCAUUGAACAAGAAGAUUUGGUUAACGACAACCUAUUCAUAGCUGCCAAGUUUUUUGACUGGGUUUCCUACUGGACUUUGGCACUUUUAACUCUUUUGGUCGCCAGUGGAUGGAAUACCUCACCACUUUAUCCAUAUGGAACAUGGAUAGCACAAAAGUAUUUCCUUGCUGGUUAUUACAUUGCCAUGAUAUUUUUCACUUUUGUUUUGAAUGUCAUUCCUAGAAUUACAUUCUUGAAAAUGCACCAUUACGAAUACUACUACUACACCAUCCCAGGACUUAUUCAUAUCUUACUGAUCCUCGUGGCUAUGACAAUCUUUUUAAUAGUUAUUAGACAGUCAUACAGAGCACACGAAGACACUAUUAAGAAAGCAUUCUUUUUUAACUUUGGUGUUGUUUCAAUCAUUUGGUGGGUUGCCAUUCCACUCUCUUUAAUCUUCUUUGUCUUCCUUGGCAAAGAUAAAAGACAAAUAUCACUCUACGUUUUUGACACUGCAGUCGAAGCCACCUUUUAUAUUUAUAUACUUUACCAAUUCAGACCAUCAAUCAAGAAUACCAAUCUUAAUUUUAAAAUGGAAAAAAUUCAACCAACAAACAAUAACAACAAAGUAUUAAAAUCUCCAAGAGAAUCGAGCGGGCAAGCAACAACAGUUUAA